AUGGCAGGUGUCGGCAAUGUGGCACUGGCAGUGGAUGGAAGAGGAGGCACUGCCGGUCCCAAUGGGCCCCUACAAGAACAGAACCACGGCAGUAUGGUGGAGCAAGGCGAGCACGAAGCCCACUUUUCAGGCAUCGGAGUGGCUGCACUACUGGAUCUGCCCCUUCAGGUCAAGCUGCCCAUGAUCCCAGGGAGCACAUCCAGGGCACCGUCCAUCCUGUGCAGCGGCCUAUUGCUGUCUCCUGGCCUCCCCGCCCGGGGGCUGCAGGGCCACAGCGAGCCCGCCUCCCGCGGCCACGGCAGCCCAGCAGGUUUAAUCCCUUCUGACCAUCCAAGUGGGAGCACAAUUUUCCUGAAGAAAUCUCAAGUGGACAUGCGAGAAAAGAGGAAGAACAGCUAUUCCUACCAUGUGUCUCCUGGUCACCUUAGGGAAAAGUACAGUUCAUGUGCAACAUUAUAUGUAGACAGCACUAUUUCUCAGUCUGAUCUGAAACUCACCUUGCAGUGCCUGGCACUAGCAAUAUAUUAUCACAUAAAGAAUAGAGAUGCAAAUAGAUCCAAGGACAUUUUUGAUGAGAGGAUCCAUCCUUUCACACAGAACACGGUUCAGGAGGAAAACUUUACACAAAAUCCUGAUCCUGAAUCUAUUUACCGAUUUAUUCACCCAUUUUUUAUCUCUAUAGAAGUAACAGCUGGUUAUGCAAUAUCAACUUUGGUUUACAUAGAAAGACUUUUAACAUAUGCUGAAAUCGACAUUUGCCCAACUAACUGGAAACGAAUUGUUUUCGGCGCCAUUGUUCUGGCUUUCAAGUAUUGGCACGAUCUGGAUAUAUCAAAUUCAAUAUUCUGUCAAAUCUGCAAGGGCAUUACAGUCAAGGACUUAAGUGAACUGGAAAGACAGUACUUUUAUCUACUACAGUUUAGUCUUAAUGUUUCUCUCAGUGUCUAUGCCAAAUACUAUUUUGACCUUCGGUCCUUAGCAAGUGACCACGGAUUGCCUAUUGCAUUUGCUCCUCUUGGAAAAGAAAGAGCACUGAACCUAGAGGCCAUUUCCAGAUAUUGUGAAAACAAAAACCUGUGCAGGGUGGCCAUAAAAAAAUCUGGCAGCUGUGCUAACCUUACUGAUGUGCAGCAUGCCCAUGCCAUCUUAUCUUAA